AUGGCUCAGGGAGAUGUUGAGAACGGCGCUCCGGCGGCCAGACCAGAGUACGAAAACGAAAAACUCGGAGAAUAUGGCCAACUCGUUCGAUAUAUCUCAUUAUACAAGGGCAGAGAAGAGGGAGAAAAGGACGCUGCUGCCGCUGAGGCUGAGGAACCAGAGAAGAAGGGUUUCUUCGGCAGCAAGAAGAAGGCUGGUGGCCCUGAUGGAGAGGGUUUCGAGACCCCAGACGACUGGCUCAACACUGGCAUGCGACAAGGUCUCUCCGAUCAAGACGUCGAAGCCCGUCGUAAGAAGACUGGAUGGAACGAAUUGUCCACUGAGAAUGAGAGCUUGUUCAUCAAGUUCAUCGGUUUCUUCAGAGGUCCUGUGCUAUAUGUUAUGGAAAUUGCUGUCCUCCUCGCCGCUGGUCUGCGGGAUUGGAUUGAUUUCGGUGUUAUAAUCGGUAUUCUUUUGCUUAACGCUGUCGUCGGUUGGUACCAAGAAAAGCAAGCUGCCGAUGUCGUCGCCAGUUUGAAGGGUGAUAUCGCCUUGAAGGCUGCUGUUGUUCGUGAUGGAAGAGAAGUCGAAAUCUUGGCUCGUGAAUUGGUCCCUGGUGACAUUAUUAUUAUUGAAGAUGGACAUGUUGUUCCCGCCGAUGCCAGAAUCAUCUGCGCCUAUGACGACCCUACCGGUUAUGAAACUUAUCAACAAGAACUCCUCAACCAACGCAGCCACGAGAUGAGCGAGAAGGAAGAAGAUGAUGAGGAUGACUCCCACGGUGGAAAACACGGUUCUGGUUACGCUCUCCUCGCUAUCGAUCAAUCUGCCAUGACUGGUGAAUCCUUGGCUGUCGACAAGUACGUCGCCGAUGUUAUCUACUACACAACUGGUUGCAAGCGUGGAAAGGCUUACGCCGUCGUCACUCACUCCGCACGCAUGUCUUUCGUUGGUCGUACUGCUUCCCUCGUUACUGGUGCCAAAGACCAAGGUCAUUUCAAGGCUAUCAUGAACUCCAUCGGUACAUCUUUGUUGGUUUUGGUCGUCGGUUGGAUCUUGAUUGCCUGGAUUGGUGGUUUCUUCCAUCACUUGCAGCUAGCUACCCCAGAGCACUCUUCCGUGAACUUGCUCCAUUACGCACUCAUCCUCUUGAUUGUCGGUGUUCCCGUCGGUCUUCCAGUCGUCACAACCACCACUCUCGCUGUCGGUGCUGCUUACCUCGCCAAGGAGAAAGCCAUCGUUCAAAAGCUUACCGCUAUUGAGUCCCUUGCUGGUGUUGACGUUCUUUGCUCUGACAAGACCGGUACUCUUACUGCCAAUCAAUUGUCCAUCCGUGAACCAUUCGUCGCUGAAGGUAUCGAUGUCAACUGGAUGAUGGCUGUUGCCGCUCUCGCUUCUUCCCACAACGUCAAGUCUUUGGAUCCGAUUGACAAAGUCACCAUUCUCACCCUUAAGCGUUACCCGGCCGCACGCAAGAUCCUCGAGCAAGGCUGGAGAACUGAGAAAUUCAUUCCCUUCGACCCUGUCUCCAAGCGUAUUACUGCUAUCGUUGUCAAGGAUGGUGUCACCUACACUUGUGCCAAGGGUGCUCCUAAGGCUAUCUUGAACAUGUCCGAUUGCUCCGUUGAUGUCGCCAACAUGUACAAGUCCAAGGUCACUGAGUUCGCUCGUCGUGGUUUCCGUUCUCUCGGUGUUGCUGUCAAGGAAGGUAACGGCCCAUGGCAAUUACUUGGUAUGCUUCCUAUGUUCGACCCUCCCCGUGAGGAUACCGCCGCUACUAUCGCCGAAGCUCAAGUUCUUGGUCUCUCCGUUAAGAUGUUAACUGGUGACGCUAUCGCUAUUGCCAAGGAAACUUGCAAGAUGUUGGCUCUCGGUACCAAGGUUUACAACUCUGACAAACUCAUUCACGGUGGUCUCUCCGGUACCACUCAACACGAUUUGGUUGAGCGCGCCGAUGGUUUCGCCGAAGUUUUCCCUGAGCACAAGUACCAAGUCGUCGAGAUGUUGCAACAACGUGGACAUUUGACCGCCAUGACUGGUGACGGUGUCAACGACGCUCCUUCUCUCAAGAAAUCUGACUGUGGUAUUGCUGUCGAGGGUUCCACUGAAGCCGCUCAAGCCGCCGCUGAUAUUGUCUUCCUUGCCCCUGGUCUCAACACUAUCGUCUCUGCCAUCAAGAUCGCCCGUCAAAUUUUCCAACGUAUGAAGGCUUACAUUCAAUACCGUAUUGCUCUCUGUCUUCAUUUGGAAAUCUACUUGGUUACUUCCAUGGUUAUUAUCAACGAGACUAUCCGUGUCGAGCUCAUUGUCUUCCUUGCCCUGUUCGCUGAUUUGGCUACCAUUGCGGUUGCUUACGAUAACGCUCACUUCGAACAACGCCCAGUCGAAUGGCAAUUGCCAAAGAUUUGGAUCAUCUCUGUCGUUCUUGGUAUAUUACUUGCCCUCGGUACCUGGGUCAUGCGAGGUGCUCUCUUCUUGCCCAACGGUGGUUUCAUCGAGAACUUUGGAUCCAUCCAAGGUAUGCUCUUCUUGGAAGUAUCCCUCACUGAGAAUUGGCUCAUCUUCGUCACUCGUGGUGGAAACACUUGGCCAUCUUUCCAAUUGAUUCUCGCCAUCUUUGCGGUCGAUGUUCUUGCAACCCUCUUCUGUGUUUUCGGUUGGUUGUGCGGUGAGGCCGGUGAACAAUCUUCUCCAGCUACCCACAACGAACUCCUCUCCCAGAACGGCCAUACAUCUAUCGUCACUGUUGUCAUCGUGUGGGGAUUCUCUAUCGGUGUCACCAUUGUCACUGCCAUUGUCUACUACCUAAUGAACCAAUGGUCGUGGUUGGACAACCUUGGACGUAACAAGCGCAGUCACGCCGAUACCCAAAUGGAGAACAUCAUCGCCCAUCUCUCCAAGGUCGCUCUUGAACAUUCCCAGGUCGACGGUGUACACCGUUACCACAUUGUUCAGAAGCAAGCCGAGGUUGAGGACGAUGAUUAG